GCGCGCACGCGCGCAGGUUCCCUGCCGGCGAACAUGACGGACCUAGUUGCUCUGACUGAACUUCGGCUGAAACGUAAUAGCUUCACUGGCGGGGCGCCCAGCUCGUGGAGCGCGUUCGCGGUCAUUCGAAAAAUCGACCUGUCCUCUAAUACACUGCUGACCGGCCCGCUGCCCGCCUCCUGGUCCGCUCUCAACGACACCCUGACCUUCCUCAACGUGAGCGGCACCGCUCUGUGCGGUGACGCACCAGGACUCCGCAGCGUUCUGGCAACCACUCCGCGCAGCUGCCCUUCCCCAAGCAGCCGGCAGCCGCCUUCGCUGUCGCCGUCGCUUCCUCCAUCAACGACGUCACCUAGCCCCAUCCCGUCACCGCUGUUCGUGUUGGGCUACCCUCCGUUGCCUGCCGGUUUGGCAUUCCCUCCGCCUCCGCCUCCACCGCCCCCUCCCUCGCUGCCCCCGCCACCGCCUCCUGCCACACCACCGUCUCCGGCGCCGCCCGUCCCCCCAUCUGCUCUGUCGCCAUCUCCGUCUCCCCUGGUCCCGCCGCCGUCGCCAGCUCCCUCACCCUCUGCAUCAUCUCCUCCUCCACCCAGCCCCAACCCAGCUCCCUUGCCGCCUCUUCCUUCGCCUCCCAACCCCUUGCCGCCCGGCCCCUCACCUCCCGAUCCGUUACCUCCCAGCCCCUUGCCGCCCUCUCCCGUCACGUCCACCCAGCGCCCGCCCAGCCCGCCCAACCCACCCAGCCCGCCCGGCAUCUUUCUCAACGGCUGGGAGAUCGUGUUCACGCCGAUCUUUUGCGACGGCCAUGCGUCUGACAAGUCAUUCACCGCUCUGAGCUCGGACCUGCUCGACCAGUACGGCCGGGUCACGGCCAUCACGUACGUGUACGACAGCAAGGCUGGCGGCAUCGUGAUGGCUGUCAAACUGGUGUUUGGCACCGGACCCAGCACACACGUGGAGACCGUGGCGGGCAGCCUUUACGAUCCCGGAAGCCCCACGCUCUCGGAGACCACGGCCAGCUUGGUGUCUGCUAGCGGUUCCGCACUAGACAGCGUCUCUGUGUGCUGCAGUGACACGGGUGCGGUGGCUCAGCUCACCGCCACCUUCACGGAUGGCAGCACCUCAAGCACGGGACCGUGUCCCAGCACGGGCGGCGCCGCCGCAGCGCGUCACCGUCACCGUCGCCGCACGCUUCUGCAGGGUGGUGCUGGUGGCGGCGGCAGUGCGGGCGUGCCAGGCGGCAUGGUGGUGGGCGGCCUGCGAGGCGGCGCAGGCGCAGGUUUUGGCAGCAUGGGCUUCGCGCUUGCGGUCAGGAGAGGUUUCCCACCGCCGCCGGGCACCCCGCCACCGGGCCUGCGCCUCCCUCCGCCACCGGUUCCGCCGCCGUCGCCUGCGGCACCCCCUGCGCCCAGCCGCCCCACCAUCCCUCCCCGCCCGCCUUCGCCACCGCCUCCACCGCCCUUCCCGCCCUCGCCUCCACCUCCGGACCUGGCCAUCCCCUUGCCUCCGCCCAUCCCGCCGUCUCCUCCUUCACCCACGCGUGCAGCGGUUGCCGCCGCGUUCACGUUCUACGUCAAAGUCGACUAUCCACAGGUUACGGCAAACGUGCCACCCACACUGCCCAACCGUGUUCCGGCGGCCACGCUGGCCCUGACCGGGCCUGCACUGCCUGUAGUGCGCAGCCCAACGGAUGAUCCAGUUGUGGCGACGUCGCGCUAUGGGCACGGUCGCAUUGCUGUGUUUGGUGGUGAGAAACUGAUCACGGGCUGCUGCAAGCCCAAGGCCAAGCCCGGACGCCCCACCUCCGACCCCGGCACGGACCAGCUCAUUGUCAACAUCGCUACGUGGGCGGCCUGGUACGGCACAAAGGUGGGCAAGGCCCUAAUUCGUGUGGCUGACAUCAAGUUCCUGCCCAUGGCCAAGUACGUGGUGGCGCAGCGGCCGGACUCAUUCCAGACCGCCAAGUCUGCCAAAAUGAAUUUCGUUCUGCCGCUCGCCACCUUCCUCAAGGGCGGACACCAGAAAUGCGACGUGUACGUCAUUGGGUCCGACGACGCGCGUUACCUGCAGACCAAGGUGUCGGGCUUCCUCCGUGAUUUCGUGUUCAAGGGCAAGGGCAUCAUCGUGGUUGGCCCCGAUGUCAUGCCCACCACCUUCUACCCGGGAACCGGCACCGCCAGCCGCCGUCGCAGCCUCUUUGAGAGUCUUGAGUUGCCGCUGGGGCGCGAGGCGGCGUCUGGAACCCAGCUUUGGAAUGCCGAAGACGAGCCGCUGGUCCAGGAGGAGCGCAGCGGGAUGGAUGCGAGGGUCGUGGUGAACAGCGGCGGUCGCACGCUGCUGCAGGCCACCGCCGCUGGGGUGGCCAGCGCCGCGGCUGCCCGCAUCGGCGCGCCCCAGUUUAACUCAAGCAUCAUCCUUGCCAACCUGGUUUCAGGUCCCAUGGGCCUUCUUAUGACCGGGUACGUGUCCGACCCCGGCGGCAACCUGACUGUGACCAGCCCCAGCGAGCUGCAGAACGCCGAGCUGGCGGCCAGCCAGUAUGUGGAGUACCUGCAGGGCCAGAUCCGCCUGUCAGUUGCUGACCUCAAGACCAUGCUGAACACAAUCACACGCGCCCGUGCCAGUGUGCCCCGUUCCGGCGCCGCUAGCUCGCCCCGCUUCUGGGACCUUGUGGACGCAAGCGACAAGCUCGCAACUUCAGCACCCGCGCUGCCUCCCCUGUUCGAUGACCCACCGCCGCCGCCCGUCUUCCGUGCGCCGCCGCCACCUAAGCCGCCGCUGCCUCCCUCGCCUGCCUUCCUGCCGCCUCUUACGUCCUACGUGGGUUGCUUUUUCGAUAAUGCUCAGGCCCGCGCUCUGGCCAUCAAACUGCUUGUGGGCCAGCCUACCAGUGUGACGCGCUGCCUGGAUGCCAUUCCGCCUGAGGCCCUGACCAACCGCACCGCCGCCAUCACGUUCCUGGCCAUGCAGCGCACCGCCUGCUUUGGCGCGUCCCAGCUUUCAGCUGCCUUCGUGGCGGCGCAGCUACCCGACGGCACAUGUUCGCAGCCCUGCCCUCUGGUGGCGCAGCAGUUCUGUGGCGGCUCCGCCAGUGGCACCCGCGUCGCCGUGAGCGUCUAUCGCAUCUUGUCACCGGCACCACCAGCCGGCCGGCCUCCUCGGCCGUCUCCACCGCUGCCCUCUCCGGCACCUGCUAACCGACCUCAACCGCUUGCCGCGGCGCCGGCUGCGAAGCCGGGUACGGCUCCCCCUCCCGCGGCGCGGGGAUGAAUGGAGUUGUUAAUGCACUUAUGAGAUUCUACAACGUCGCAGGAGUUUGUUCGCUUUACUUUACUACUGCAUGUUGCAGGUGUGCUGUGAGAUGUUGAUUGUCUGGGCGUGGCGUGUAAUUGGAUGGGAGCAAUUGCCAGUGAAUCUGGCGGUAUGGGAUCGCUUGGAAGUGUCAUCAAGAGUGUCAUGAAAUGUCGGGCACCAUUGUUUUGCGUCGUGUUACCGACGGCACGUCGGUGGGUCGGGAUUGGGAUGACGACUACGUGUGUCUGUGUUUCUCUUUUCGUCCGCCGCUUCAUGCGGCGUUCUCCCGAUGCGCCGUGGAUUGCAAUUGAUCGCGCGUCUGUUGUCGGUACAGACGUGGACUAAUGCUCGAUUGCGCAACCUACCCAUGCCCCAUUAGGGCUUACAGUAUGCUAGUACUUUCUCGCUUGUCGUAAAUCGACGCGCGGCAUGACUUGGUAACUAGGAUGCAGGCAGUAGAACCAACUUCAGGUAUCCAUGCUUCGAAUACACGCGUGCAAUAUGUGACAGUGUGAGCGAGUGUGUGUUAGCAGCAACCGAAGAAUCAUGGCGUGCUUUUUCAUGCGCGCGUGUGCGGACACAACGCUUAGCACAGUCGACCCGCUGCUGCCUGUUGCAGCAUGGGGGCGUGCGUUUAGAAACACACCGAUAUGUGGGUGUCGGCCACGCACGUGCUGCAACUUGCAGUCCAAAUUUUUUCGAAGCGCUUUUAUUACCUGAGCGACAUGUGUGCGCGAGAGCACCCGGUGCUUGGAGUUGUUGUUUUGCUUGUUGGCGGCUAGGAUGAACGACGUCCACCCUCAUCCAUUGUCCGGAUCAGAGCCGGCGUGAUAAAGCUCAGGGGAACACAAUGGGGUGAUAUGAAGCUGCAGUUGAGUUAAGCUGCCCUUGAAUUUCAGUGUAAUGGAGCCAGUUUUGAAGAUGUUAGAUGGUUAGUGUGGCGGCCGGAAUACCUAAUGCGCUGGCGGCGGGCGCGUGGAUGCGAUGGGACAGGGUAAGCGUGUGUGAUGGGACAGUAGGGUAAGGGGCAGGUUGGCGUAGUCCCGAAGUGUGCAGCGUAUUCCCAGACCCCAACAUUCAACAACCAAGUUUUG